GUGGUUAAACCCCUUGUUUAAAAUUGGUCACAAACGGAGGUUAGAAGAAGAUGACAUGUACUCAGUGCUUCCGGAAGAUCGCUCCCAGCACCUUGGAGAAGAGCUGCAAGGGUACUGGGAUAAAGAAGUGAAGAGAGCUGAGAAAGAUGCACGGGAGCCUUCUUUAAUGAAAGCAAUCAUAAACUGUUACUGGAAAUCCUAUUUGCUUUUUGCAAUUUUUAAGCUUUUUGAGGAAACCUUCAGAGUACUAUUACCGACAUAUUUUGAGGGCUUACUUACUUACUAUCAAAACUAUGACCCCUCUGAUUCUGGGACUUUGUUCAAAGCCUAUGGCUACACUGCUGUACUGAAUGUCUUCCUUGUCAUUUGGGCAAUUCUGCAGCACUUUUUCUCAUAUUACGCUCAGCGUAUAGGAAUGAGAUUAAGAGUAGCCAUGUGCCAUAUGAUUUACCGCAAGACCCUUCGCCUGAGUAACUCAGCCAUAGGGAAGACCACCACAGGCCAGAUAAUCAACCUGCUGUCCAACGAUGUGAACAGGUUUGACAGGGUAACGAUACGCUUGCACAUCCUGUGGAUUGGGCCACUUACGGCUAUCACAGUGAUCGUCCUGCUCUGGAUGAAAAUAGGAAUAUCAUCUCUUGCUGGGAUGGCACUCCUCAUUAUUUUUAUGCUUUUGCAAAUCUUCUCUGGGAAGUUGUUUUUAUCACUCCGGAGUAAGACUGCAGCUUUCACAGACAGCAGGCUCAGGACCAUGAAUGAAGUUAUAACUGGCAUCAGAACAAUAAAAAUGUAUGCUUGGGAAAAGUCAUUUGCAGAGCUUAUUACCAGAUUGAGAAGGAAGGAAAUUUCCAAGAUUCUGAGAAGUUCCUACCUUGAUGGAAUGACUUUGAUAUUCUUUGACACUUCAAGCAAAGUCAUCCUUUUUGUCACCUUUACCACCUAUGUGCUUCUUGGCAACCUGAUCACAGUCAAACAAGUGUUUUUGGCCAUAACACUGUACCAAGUUGUGAAGUUUACAGGCAUCCUCCACUUCCCCCUGGCCAUUGAGAGUGUAGCAGAAACAGUCGCCAGUGUCCGAAGAAUCAAGCGCUGUGACUUUGACACAGCUGCUAUCUUUGAUCGCUGA